GCACAGUCACUGUUAGUGAGAGGAGAAAUGGCUGAGAAAGGAGUUCAGCUGGACCGAGAAACAAUCUCUUGUUCCAUCUGUCUGGAUCUACUGAAGGAUCCGGUGACUCUUUCCUGUGGACACAGCUACUGCAUGAAGUGUAUUAAAGCCCACUGGGAUGGAGAGGAUGAGAAGAGAAUCUACAGCUGCCCUCAGUGUAGGCAGACCUUCAAACCGAGACCUGUCCUGAUGAAAAACAUCAUGUUAGCAGUUUUAGUGGAGGAGCUGAAGAAGACUGGACUCCAAGCUGCUGCUGCUGAUCACUGCUAUGCUGGAGAUGAAGAUGUGUCCUGUGAUGUCUGCACUGGGAGGAAACUGAAAGCCUCCAAGUCCUGUUUAGUCUGUCUGGCCUCUUUCUGUGAGAAACACCUUCAGCCUCACUAUGAUUCACCUCCAUUAAAGAAACACAAGCUGGUGGAGCCCUCCAAGAAGCUCCAGGAGAACAUCUGCUCUCUCCACGAUAAGGUGAAGAAGAUGUUCUGCCGCACUGAUCAAGAUCAAGAUCAAGAAAUCUUUAAUGUCCCCGUGGGGCAAUUUUUGGUGCAGCCAGCAGCAGAUCAGCAGUCUAUCUGUUAUCUCUGCUCUGUGGAUGAACAUAAAGGCCACGACACAGUCUCAGCUGCAGCAGAAAGGACGGAGAGGCAGAGAGAGCUGGAGGUGAGUCGACAAAACAUCCAGCAGAGAAUCCAGGACAGAGAGAAAGAUGUGAAGCUGCUCCAACAGCAGCUGGAGGCCAUCAAUGGCUCUGCUGAUAAAGCAGUGAAGGACAGUGAGGAGAUGUUCACCCACAUCAUCCAUCUCAUCCAGAAAACAAGGCGAGAUGUGGAGCAGCAGAUCAGAUCCCAGCAGGAGACUGAAGUGAGUGGAGUGAAAGAGCUGAAGGAGAAGCUGGAGCAGGAGAUCAGAGAUCUGAAGAGGAAAGAUGCUGAGCUGAAGCAGCUCUCACACACAGAGGAUCACAACCAGUUUCUCCACAACUACCCCUCAGUGUCAGCACUCAGUGAGUCCACACACUCAUCCAGCAUCAACAUCCGUUCUCUGAGACACUUUGAGGAGCUGACAGCAGCUGUGUCAGAGCUCAGAGAUCAUCUACAGGACAUUGUGAGGGACACAUGGACAAACAUCUCACUGACAGGAACUCAACUGGAUGUUUCACUGUCAGAUUCACAAGCAGAGCCAAAGACCAGAGCUGGAUUCUUGAAAUAUUCACGUCAAAUCACUCUGGAUCCAAACACAGCAAACAAGUGGCUGAUAUUAUCUGAAGGGAACAGAAAAGCAACAUAUACGGAUGAACAACAGCCUUAUUCUAAACAUCCAGACAGAUUCACUGAACGUCUUCAAGUCCUGAGUAGAGAGAGUCUGACUGGACGUUGUUACUGGGAGGUGGAGUGGAGAGGAAAAGGAGUUUCUGUAGCAGUCGCAUACAAGAAUAUCAGCAGAGCAAGAAACUGGACUGAAUGUGAUUUUGGACGUAAUGACAAAUCUUGGGUAUUAUGUUGUUCCCCAAACAGUUCUAAAUUUCGGUACAACAACAUCCAAACUUCUGUCUCAGGUCCUCUGUCCUCCAGAGUUGGAGUGUACCUGGAUCACAGUGCAGGUAUUCUGUCCUUCUACAGCGUCUCUGAAACCAUGACUCUCCUCCACAGAGUCCAGACCACAUUCACUCAGCAGAUACAUGCUGGACUUGGAAUUGAUUGUUGGCUUGGUACAACUGGGGCAAGUGCUGAGUUUUGUGAAGUGAAGUAGACAGAGGUGACUGAAGGUGCAGUGAGUCUGAUUGUGUCUUUGAUUCUUUCACUCAUUUAGUCUCCAUCAUUGUUGCUCACAGCUCAUUGUUGUUUUAUUUCUACACUGCACAGAGAUCAGCUGUCAAUCAAACAGUGACUGUCAGCACUUGUUCAUCUUCUCAUUUCUUCAUCUUAGUGAUGUAUUUAAGGAUCCAGCUGAGGUGAUGGAAAACUAACUUCUAUUCAAACACGCACUUUCUUCCUCUGCUCAUCUUUGACUUUCUUCCAACUUUCUUCACCAAAAAAUGACUUUCAUUUGUCUUGAUGUUUCCAGCCCAGAUGUGGUUUUUGCUCUCAGUCAGUAAAGAGGAUUUAUUCCACAGGACCAACAAGUGGAAACUGUGAUUUGAUCCAGUUUGGGUGUGAAGACGUUUUGUUGAGUCCUGACACACAUCAGAUGUUGUAUCGUUGUGGACUUGAGAUGGUUUCAUGUGUUGUGAUGUUGAUUUUCAUGAAGGAGAAACUUCACCAUGAGGCUGUGGUGUUGGUUCAGUGUGAAAGCAGCAACAUGUUGAGUCUGAUUUUAAAGCCUCAGGACACAAUAAGUGAUGCUUGAUGAAGGUUUCUGUUGUUCCUGACUAGUUCUGACUCGUCACUGAACCACUGAGUGACACAGUUUUUACUGGGGAAAUAUUUAAAAAUCAACAACAAACAGAAAAUGUGCAUCUGUGUCAGCUUCAGUCAUGGAAUCAUAACAUUCAUAUUUCAUUCUUUACAUUUUAUUUUAAAUGUUUCCAUGUUUUCACAUUUAACCUUCUCAUAAACUAUUUAUAUCCUAAAAACUGCAUGAAAAUGUAACAAUAUCUGAUUUUUAAUGCGUUUCUGAGGCUUGUCGUUGCUUUUCUUUGGUCAAAAUUCAUGUUUUUUCUUUGUCACGUUCAAGAUGCAUUUAAGGAACCAGCCGAGGUGAUGGAAAAAUAUCUGUUUUUUAAAAUGUGUACUUAUUUUUUGUAUUUACCACAUUAUUUGUAAAGAUUUUGCUGAUUUUAUGCGUAAGUGUUUUAAUUUUGACAUAUUUUUGCUGAAAUAUGCAUAAAAAUGUAACAUUUGACUUUUAAUGUGUUUCUGCAGCUUGUCUUUGCUUUUCUUUGAAUUCGUGUUUAUUCAAUCUCAUGUUUGAUACAUUUAAGGAACCAGCUGGGGUGAUGGAAAACUAACUUUUAUUCAAAUAUGCACUUGAUUUGUCUUCACAAGAAUAUUAUGUACAGGAUUUGUUGUUUAUGUUGGCUAUUCUGGUGAAAUAUAGCUAGUUGGAUUUUUAUUUCAAUCAAUAGUUAUUUUAUUAAUCUUAUUUGGUGAUUUUUCACUUUGUUGAUUUGUUUUGUUUCUAGAUUCUUGACAAACUUGUGAUUCAGCUUCAUGUUAAUCUGCUAAUAAAGGACAAUAAAUGAACAGAGUUUGGAUUCUGGAUUCCAUCAUUUAUGCUUAAAUUACACAUUGAAAUGAUUAUUCUGUCCCU